CCACGUAAAGUGUGUACUGUCUGUUUAAGAAAGUCAGCUGGUCGAGUGAGUCAAAUUGAUGCCAUACACGCAAAAACGUAGCAGGAAACAGGAAACAGGAAGCGACUGCAACCACUCAACAACAACAACAACGAAGAAACCAAAUCCUUUAACAACAUGGCCGGGAUUAAAGCUUUAGUUGGGUUGUCGUUCAGCGGCGCUAUUGGCCUCACAUUCCUAAUGCUGGCAUGUGGAUUGGAACAGUUUGGUGUGUACUGGCCUCUGUUUGUCUUGAUGUUUUACGUGGUAUCGCCCAUUCCUCACUUCAUUGCGAAGAGGAUUGGAGAUGACUCGGACGCUGCCAGCAGUGCCUGCCGGGAGCUGGCAUAUUUUUUCACAACCGGAAUUGUGGUCUCCGCCUUCGGGAUGCCAAUCAUUCUCGCUCGGGUCAAUGUGAUCGCGUGGGGAGCGUGUGGACUCGUGCUAGCUGGGAAUGCUGUGAUUUUCCUCACCAUCCUUGGCUUCUUCUUGGUAUUCGGCAGAAGCGAUGACUUCAACUGGGAACAAUGGUAGCUUACCCCCGAGUUAACACAUAGGCAUCACAAAUGAAGACCUAUUGACUGCUGUUUUGGUUGGUUUUAUUUUGUACAAGAACAUGAUAAUUAAGCACUAAAGCCAUUCUCUGCAAUUUUUUUUCUCACACUGACAUAAAAUAACAGUGGUUAAAUUCUUGCUAGAUUUCAGAAGAAAAACAAUUACAAAAUUAUUUUACAGUGGCUUCGGUUACGGUAUGCCAACUUCUGUCUCUAACGCAUUUCCCGUCUGUGAAGUCUAGAAAAUAAACUGAAACUUUUGAAAUACCAAAGAUCCAAAAAUGUUAAAAUAAAUAGCAGCAGUUUCAUGUUUUUGUAAAUGGACACUGCCAUCAAAUCUGGGAAUACAAAAUAACAUUUCCUACAUCUAUUUUCAAAUUUUGGGAUUCUUCCGCUACGUCCCAACCCUGCCCCGUUGUAUAGCUGUCCGCCGUGACCAACACUGAAGGAGAGUGUUCAUCUUAUUGUCAGCUUUACCAUAGAAGUUUACAAGUGUAGCGAUUGAAGUUCUCCGCUACCUGGGCUUUAUUUGCUGUACAAACACUGACAUGGUGUGAUUUGAAUGGUCUGAUCUAUGAUGAAUAUGAUUGCUGAUGCUCUUUAACUUGCUACUUUUCGAUAUUAAUCAUUACACGUCAAAUUACCAAAAAAUAUGAGUUUGACUAAAGUAGAUUUAUAUAGGAUAAACGUCGGUAAAACCACUCGCUAUUUUUUAUUUUCUUACCAAAAAUAAUCAUUUAGAAAUCCUCUCUAGUUUGUGCAGUUUUUAUACUUCCUGUCUGUCCGUCUCUGUUCCGCUCUGAAUGGCUAGGCGUCGCUGUCAGUCAAAUCAGUGGUCUGUUAGUACUGUGGUUUCGCUGUCACUGUCAUUUCACCCUGUUCUGACAGAUCUCAUUGCCUGAAGCAGCGCUAGAAUGCUCUCAUUCGUUUAAAUGCCUGUCAAUCAUCAGACCAGCACGGACUGUACACUUUCAUUUGCCAGCUACAGUGUCUGUCAUUCAAUGCACCGACUUUGAAAUUAGCAGGUAAGGUGUAUGUAAGCUUUUGCUAUUAAACGGUGACAGUUACUUGUUAGAGUGAAAAUGUGGUGCAAGAGGAAAACACUAAAUGAGUAUUGUGCAGAAUACCCUGACUUUGAAGUGAAAACUGUAAAGAAACGUGGGACAGGAGAUGAAGAAAAUAUCCUGGUCUGUAAACUGGUAUGUAACUGUGCAAAGCAGAAGUCACUGCAAAGGCAAACAGAAUGGUUGAACACAUGAAAUCACAACAAGGUCAUAAAAAUAUUAAGGCUAGCGCUCAGAAACUGUCUUAAAGUACAAUGGAUGCUUGCUUGGUGAAAAUGCAGGAAAAAAACCAAGAAUCCAGUGCUGGUUUCCCUUCUGAUUUAUUGCAUAAAUUGGUCAGAUUCUGCACAGAAUCUGCGCAGAAUAAUCUCUGUGAACGCACCCAUGGUAUCUGAGUCCAGCUGUGAGAGGGGGGAAGCUCAGACUGCAAAUAAGUGCAAGUUGGUUCUGUUCAACUAUCAGUUUUUUGUUCUGUGCAUAUUUUACUAGCAAAUGUAUGCUAUAAAAGUCUGUGUAGCAAACAUUUAAAUGUGGCGUUUUCUGCAGUUUAUUUGAGACAUUUUAUUUUUUUAAUAGUGUAGGAUCUUUAUCUAUACAAGACAUAGCUCCGCAUUGACCAAACGUCAUUUCAGUUUGAAUGUUUUUCUAUUAGAAUGUUGGUGACCAUGGUUUUGUUGCAUGUUGAACAAUACAGGGGCUUCGCAGUGGCAUAAACAGUCUGUUUUUUUUUUUUAAAGCAUAAAGGUCGAUUUCACCCAUUCUCUGCUUGAAUUGAAAAAUAAAGAUCGGGGGGAAAAAAAAAAGAAAAUCCGGUAAAUUCUUAAAAGUAAAGUUGUUGUUAGUCAUUGAUUUGGCAAAAAAAUAAAAAUCGAAUAGUAGCAAGCCAAAUUAUAAUCUAGUACACAGACUCAAUUAAGUUUCUUUUUAAUGAGGUCUUCGAUGAGAGUGCUUUCUAAUGCUUUAAAACCCUUUUCUUAUAAGCUUUACUAACAUUAUUACUGGUCCCUCUUUUACUGGGUUCAGAAUCUUCGUUCGUUCUUCGUGUUUUUCAUGUCAUGCAGAUAAUCCAAAACAACUCUAUAGAUAAACUGUUGUGUCCUGGUACCUUUGCUGUAGAUCACAUGGUCUGAUUGCAGCUAGAUCAUUGGUGGGAAUGUGUACUACAUUUCAUGAAGUGAUUAAUAACCAGGAAGUCGCAACAGCUUUUUUACAUUUAUCUGUAGCAUUGUUUUUUAAAUAUUUGCGUAUUCCAAAUUGAAGUAUGAAGUACAAGAAAGGAACCAAAGGUUAUUCAACGGGGCCAGUGAGGUCAUCCAUAACUAUGAAAUACUGAGUAGAAACACUAAAAUUAACUUCAUCAUAAAAAGGUCCAGUGAUAAUAUUGAUUGUGCUCUUAUGAACCUUUAAUAAUAAUAAUAAUAAUAAUAAUAAUAAUAAUAAUAAUAAUAAUAAACAACUAAGCCACCCCUGGCCCCUCAUUAAAAA